AUGCCUAGCCCUCUUCCUCUUGUUCGCCUUCUUUCCCUUUUUGGACCCAGCGCCUGUGCCUGCGCCUUCGCAUCCCAGGCGCCGCGCACGUGCUCCAGCACAUACCGGCCAACCGGCAGCCUCUGUAUCUCCGCCAACACAUUGCGCAAAGCAUGCAUUGACGGCUGCGGCGCAUCCGCCGGAAACAUAUCCGCGGCCGUCACCUUCGAGGACAGCCGCUCGGUCUCGGUGAUCUCCUCCAGGGCCAUGCCGCUGCCGCCUGCUGCCAGACUCGCCUCGGGGCUGGUCGCCGGAACGUGGUGCUCGAGCUUUGUUCCCAAUGUCACCGUCACCCGCGCCUCGCCACUGCCGCCCUCGCCCUCACCCUCGCCCUCACCCUCGCCCUGACUGAACCCGUCAAUCCCGCAGCGCACGAGCAACCGGGU